CAUAAAACUUAAAAGUAAAACUGUCAAACUAAAACGUCACUGCACAUAAAAAAACGCGUAAAAUCACAGGUGUUAAUUCCUCUUUUGACCUUAUUUGAAGUGCAAAACGUAAUAGUGUAGUUUUGAAACAAUGGGAAAAAAAUUAGAUACAUUUCUUUUGCUAAUGUGGAAAAACUGGAAAUUACAGUAUCGACGACCCCUACAAACAACGAUAGAAAUAACUGCACCCAUUAUUUUCUCAAUUCUCUUGGUUAUGUUAAGAAGUUUAGUAGAACCGAUUCAAAAUCCAAUACGCGAAUAUAUGCCUUUUCAUCCAUUGCGAGAAGAAUUUUUACAAAAUGAAACAAGAAAAGACAAAAAUCACACAUUUUACCAAUACCUUAGAAAUUUGAACAUAGUAUAUUCACCUUCUCCACACCAAAUGAUAGACCAAUCAAUGGACAUUUUAAAUGGAAUUUUCAAAGAGGUUAAAGGCUACAAAAAUGCCAAGCUUUUGGAAGCUCAUUUCCUCACCGAAGAAGGCCGCAAUACUUUAGCUGGGAUACAAUUCGACGAUAAAUUAUAUAACAAAUCUGAACUUCCGCAAAAAUUAGAAAUCUCGUUACGUUUCCCAGGUGAACUACGAAAUGUCGGCAGUAAUUUUUUCAAAAAUAAAGAACAAGAAAAAGUUGUUAAUGGAACGCCAUUCAAAAAUUCCGAAAAUGACUCCGAAUCUGUCAUCGACAAAUUAAAUAAACUGUUUCAAAUUCGUGAUUGGAAAACCAAUUUGUUAUAUCCGGUUUUCCAAACUCCAGGACCUAGAGAACCAAAUAAAAAUAGCGGUGCUACCCCAAGUUACUAUUUCGAAGGAUUUUUGUCUCUACAACUGAUAGUGACUUACAUUCUUAUCCUUGGUCAAAGUGGAUUACUCCAGUAUAUUGAGAGAUCAGCAGCUACAAAUAUCUCAUCAGCAACUUUCCACCUGCAAAGAUUCCCCCAUGCUGCUUGGAAAGAAGAUCCUUUACUACCAGCUUUGAUAAGCUUUAUUGGUAUUCUCAUCAUGCUAAGUUUCGUCUAUACAUGCAUCAACACAGUCAAGGUCAUCACAGUAGAAAAAGAGAAGCAGUUAAAGGAAGUAAUGAAGAUAAUGGGUUUGUCAAACUGGAUACACUGGACUGCUUGGUUCACAAAGUGUUUCCUAUUUCUCUUAAUUUCAUUAAGUUUCAUGACCUUAUUAAUGACAAUUUCGUGGUAUCCCAAAACAACAUUCUGUGUCUUCACUUAUUCUAAUCCCUUAAUUUUAUUUUUGUUUUUGCUCUUUUACAUUUGUGCCACUAUCACUUUUUGUUUUUCUGUUAGUGUUUUUUUCUCAAAAGCUAACACUGCUGCCACUGUUGCUGGCCUGUUGUGGUUCCUCUCUUAUGCCCCAUAUUUAUUCUUACAGUCACAAUACGACCAACUAAGUUUGUCGAUUAAAUUGUUAGUAAGUUUGGGAUCUAACACUGCAAUGGCUUACGGAUUUCAACUUUUCUUGAUGUUUGAAAGCACCAGUGAAGGUAUCCAGUGGCACAAUAUAUGGCAACCCAACACUCAGGAUGAUUCUCUGACUCUUGGAUUAAUAAUGAUCAUGUUGGCUGUCGAUACUUUGAUUUAUUUAUUUAUCGCAUUGUAUGUUGAAACUGUUUUUCCGGGAGAUUAUGGGACACCACAACCAUGGUAUUUCCCCUUCACUUAUUCUUAUUGGUGUGGUUACCCAAGACGUACUUAUGUUCACCCUUUCGAUGAUUCCAACCAAAAUAUAGAGUUUCUCGAAAAAAACUCUUCACAUUUAAAUCCAACAAUCGAAAUCAAAAAUUUACAAAAAGUUUUUGGUAAAAAAAUGGCCGUAAACAACCUCACAUUAAACAUUUAUGGCAACCAAAUCACUGUAUUACUCGGUCAUAACGGCGCUGGCAAGACCACAACAAUGUCAAUGCUAACAGGAGUCAUUCCUCCGAGCAGUGGAACAGCAGUAAUUCUAGGAUGCGACAUUGUAACAAACAUGAAAAAUAUCAGAGCUAAUAUAGGACUGUGCCCCCAACAUAACAUACUUUUCGAUGAGUUGACAGUAGAAGAACAUUUGUAUUUUUACUGUAAACUCAAAGGUCUCAACAAUAUCGAAAUCGAGAAAGAAAUUGGAAAGUACGUCAAUCUCUUGGAGUUGCAACCCAAAAUCAACAAAAAAUCUACAACGUUGUCGGGAGGAAUGAAACGCAAACUCUGCGUCGCCAUUGCACUUUGUGGUGGUUCCAAAAUUGUUCUUCUCGAUGAACCAACAGCAGGAAUAGAUCCUUCGUCGAGGAGAGCAUUAUGGGAUUUGCUUCAAGUUGAAAAAAAUGAAAGAAGUAUAUUAUUAACAACACAUUACAUGGAUGAAGCUGAUUUGUUAGGUGACAGAAUCGCAAUAAUGGCAAAUGGAGAAUUAAAAUGUUGUGGUACAAGUUUUUUCUUAAAGAAGAAGUAUGGGGCUGGGUAUCAUUUAAUAUUGGAAAAGCUUCCAAAUUGCAACCCGAAAAAAGUCACCGAGCUUUUGAAAAAAUACAUUCCAGACAUUCAAAUACAUGGAAAUGUGGGUUCAGAAUUGAGUUAUUUGUUAAAAGAAAAUUAUGUCGCCUAUUUCGAAAAUCUGCUUUACGAUUUAGAAAUAAAUACAGAAAAAUUAGGGAUUCGCAGCUAUGGCAUAUCGCUAACGACUUUAGAGGACGUAUUUUUGAAAGUCGGGACUGGUUCCAAAACCACAUCGAAUUUUGAUGAUGAAAUAACCAAAAAUAUUUCCUCAACUAAGACAAUUGGGUCUUCGUUACAAGAAAGGAUAUCGCCCAGAAAAAUUACACUUUUGACUGGUCUAGAACUGAUCCGAAAUCAAUUCAUCGCUAUGCUAAUGAAAAAAACCUUGUCUAUUAUAAGAACGUGGUUACUACAACUCAUUCAGAUAAUUAUUCCAGUGGCAUUUCUGAUAAUUGCCAUAAUCGUCAGUCGCAAUUUAAACAAAAAUAAAUUUGGAGAUUUACCCAAAUUGCUCCUCACACCACAUCCCUAUAAAAAUCCCGUAAUUCUUGUAGAGGAUCACUUCAAUAACGAGUUUAGCAAAACUUAUUUAGAGACGUUGGAUGGCUUCAAGAUUCAAUCUGUAAAUAACUUUACCAAAACUAUACUGAAUUUGUCCCAAAUCAUUCCAGCCACUGUGAAAAAACAGUACAUUGUUGGUGCCUCUUUUACGUAUGAUGAAAAUUCAAAUCCUAUUUUAACAGCGUGGUUCAAUAACAAUCCCUAUCACACUCCUGGCUUAUCAUUGGGACUUAUCCUUAACGCCUUGUACAAGGUAGUCCUGGGCAAAAAUCACAGCAUUGUCUUCGCAAACCAUCCAUUACCUUUCACAAUGAAUACUAAGGUCGAUAGGUUGCUCAGAGGUAAUAAUAUGGGUUUCCAAGUUUCGUUCAAUAUAGGCUUCAGCAUGUCGUUUGUUUCGUCGUUUUACAUUUUAUUUUAUGUAAAAGAACGAGUUUGUAAAGCCAAACAUUUACAGUUUUUAUCGGGCGUAAAAGGUUACGUUUUUUGGACGACUUCAUUCUUUUGUGAUUUGAUGACUUUCGCAGUGACGGUAUUGGCUAUCAUCAUCACUUUGUUGUGUUUCAGAGAAGAAGGAUUCAGUAAUGUCGAUGAAUUAGGUAGACUCUCGUUCCUUUUGUUUUAUUUUGGUUUUGCGAUGUUACCAAUGAUGUAUGUCGCAUCAUACUUUUUUGAAGUACCAUCAACUGGAUAUACAAGAAUGACACUUUUUAACGUGUGUUUUGGUGUUACUGCUUUCUUAGUGGUGCAAAUUCUGCUAACGCCGGGAUUAUUUUUAAAACAUGUAGCAGACGGUCUUCACUGGGGUUUCCUAUUGAUUCCUCAUUACUCCUUAGCUACUGGUAUUAGAGACACUUACAUUACAUUUUCAACUUCAAAGAUGUGCAAUUUCCUUGUUACCAACUGCAUGGAACAUGUAGUAAAUACGAAUCGUGAUAAAUGCUGGAAUUUGGCUUGCCAUAACAACUAUUCCAAUAAUUUAGGACAUUAUUGUUGUGAAAAAGUUCAAAGGUUUUUCAAGUGGGAAAAACCGGGAAUAGGCAGAAACAUCAUGUAUUCAUUUGUAACAGGAACAACGUUAUUUAUUCUUGUCGUUUUAUGGGAAUAUAAAUUAUUGUCUAAAAUAAAAUGUUUCCGUGAUUAUGGCAUUAGAACAUUUCUAAACUUAUCACACGAAGACCAAGAUGUCUUAGAAGAAAAAAAUAAGAUUCGAAGCACUCCGGAAUCGAAAUUACUCAAAGAAUAUACUCUGUUGUUGAAAGACUUGACUAAAUAUUAUAAAUCCUUCUUAGCUGUUAAUGGUUUAUGUCUUGGGAUAAAACAGUACGAGUGUUUUGGAUUAUUAGGAAUAAACGGUGCUGGUAAAACUACAACUUUCAAAAUGAUAACAGGUGAUAUCAAAAUUACCUUUGGUGACGUUUGGAUUCGCGGUUUCAGUGUCAAAAGUAAUCUCGAAGAUGUGCAAAAAGUCAUUGGUUAUUGUCCACAAUUCGAUGCUCUCCUAACCGAUUUGACAGCAAAAGAAACCCUGAUUAUAUUUGCUCUCCUGAGAGGUGUUCCACUCGACGAGUGUGCACACGUUUCAGAGAAAUUAGCACAAGAAUUCGAUUUUUAUCAGCAUUUAAACAAAACUAUCAAGCAAUUAAGUGGAGGCAACAAAAGAAAGUUGAGCACUGCAAUAUCACUAAUAGGGGACCCUCCUGUUAUUUGUUUGGAUGAGCCUACUGCUGGUAUGGAUCCUGUGACUAAGAGAAACUUGUGGAAUGCUCUUUGCACAGUUCGAGAUAAUGGAAAAUGUAUCUUAUUCACGUCUCACAGUAUGGAAGAAUGUGAAGCUUUGUGUACAAGACUGGCGAUUAUGGUAAAUGGAGACUUCAAGUGUUUGGGUUCUGUACAACAUUUGAAAAAUAAAUUUGCGGCUGGGUUUACCCUCACCAUCAAAGUGAAGCGAGAAGAGAGCAGCGAGACGAUUUAUAAUUUCACAAAAAUUGAUAAAUUUGUGUCUGAGAAUUUUCCGGGAAUGGUGCAACAAGAAAAACAUCAAGAAUUGGUUACUUACUACAUACUUGACCAAAACGCUAGCUGGUCUAGAAUGUUUGGAAUUCUGGAAAGUGCUAGGAGUAGGCUCAACAUUGAAGAUUAUUUUCUAGGACAGGCUAGCUUGGAACAGAUAUUUCUAACACUCACCAAACACCAGCGUUGAUUCAACUAACGUAAUGUUAAAUUCUUGUUUUGUAAUAAAUAAAACAAUUUAGUUUGCU